AUGAUGAUGACGUGCCGUCUGCUGUGCGCCCUGUUGGUGCUCGCCCUCUGCUGCUGCUGCCCGUCCGUGUGCGCGGCAGACGCUGCGCCUGGAGCUGGAGCCGCCGCCUCUUCUUCCAAUACGACCACGACGACGACUACAACAAAACCACCGACUACCACCACGACCACCACAACAAAACCACCAACCACGACGACCACCACCACUGCGCCAGAGACACCAAGUACUACGAUUACAGAGGCGCCGGCUGUGUCGACCACCCACGCACCGUCACGUCUUCGCGAAAUCGACGGCAGCCUCAGCAGCUCUGCGUGGGUGUGUGCCCCGCUGGUGCUCGCCGCAUCCGCGCUGGCGUACACCGCUGUGGGCUGA